AUGCCUUUAUUUCCAGUGUCCCCCAACAUUCAGGAACUAGAGUCAACUUCAAGGAAGAGAACACACGAGGAAUUUACUGAGGAUUCUAUCAAAGUUGCUACCGACGACCCCUCUGAUACAGAGAAUCUGGAAGGGCAGAAAACUGUUGCUAUGUCUGCUUCUGCUAUCAAUUCACAGCCACAGAUCACCAUGGAUUCGACACCUGCAAGUAGUCCUUCGGAAUUGACUGAGCCAGGAUCCAGUCCACCAAUUGAAGUCACACCCUCCCCGAAUAAGACACCAGAACCCAGUACUACCACCUCCAAACCCUCACAGCCUCAAUCUUCAUCCACUCCCGCGGCUCAGAAUCGACAACCAGCAAAGCGAAAGACAACGGCCGAGAAGGAACAAGAACGCGCCGAGAAGCGACAGAAGAAGGACGCAGAAGCUGCUGAGAAGGCUCAGAAAAAAGCUCAGGAGGAGGCUGAAAAAACCGAAAAGGCUAAGAAGAAAGCUGCCGAGGAGGCGGUCAAAGCUGCUAAAUUAGCAGAGAAGGAGGCCAAGAAGCGUAAGAAGGAAGAAGAUGAACUUGCUACGAAGCGAAAACAGGAAAGGCAACAGAGCAUGUUAGCCAGUUUCGUCAAAAGAGCCCCUAGUACACCAUUGAAGAAACCUAUCCUAUUAGUUGCCGACGACUCAUCCCCGAAGCCCAUUACAGCCGCUAUCACACCUCAGAAGGAUUCCAAGCCAGAGAAAUCAGCCUACGACCGAGCUUUUCAACCAUUCUUUGUCAAAUCUGGUGUCACAUUAGCACCCCAACCAUUCGAGAUGGACGAACAAACAAGAGACGCCAAAUCCGAUAUACUUGAUCAAUACAUUCGAGGAGAACGUGGCGAGUUCAAUCCUAGACCAUUUAACCCACUCGAAGCAUUCAAUCUAGCUUUCCCACAAAAACGUGGGAUUAUGCCAGCAAGCGUAAAGAAGAUUAUGGAAAGCAUACACGGUGAUCCUCUAGAGAACCCGUUUGGUACCACAGAACGAACCGAAUCGCAAACAGAGAAGCUCGCCACGAAUGCUCAAGAUCGACUCAAUUCUAUCACAAUGAAAUACUUGUCAUUUUAUCAAGACGUUCGACCACCAUAUUAUGGAACGAUAACUACGCCCAUAACAACUCAGAAGCUUCGCUCCCUCUCCCGAAAGCCUAUGGGAAGGAUAGUUCAGCAAUUGAAUUAUGACUAUGACUCUGAAGCGGAAUGGGUGGAGGACGACGGCGAAGAUUUAGAUGAUGAAGAGGAUGAUGAAGAAGAUCAUGAGGGUGAAGAAGAAAUGGAUGAUUUCCUCGAUGACUCGGAAGAUUUACCUGCUAUGACCCGACCAACCUUCCUUGGUGAAAAGGAGCCAUGUGGUACGGGUAUAUGUUUUGAAGAUCAGACGCGACUUGGGCCUAGUGCAACGGUAUACAAAUAUCGCCUUGAGUUUAUGCUUGAUACACUAGAACAUCACUCAGGGAUCGACCCCUUUUCUACAGCCUACUGGCCAGCCCCUCCUAAAAAGGUCGCAGCAACAAAGAACACAGCCGGUACUGCGCCUACAGCCUCAACAUCCAUGCCACCGCCACCCGGUGUACCAUCCGACGCAUUCUCAAUGCUCGCUGCAGGAAAUAGUGCCUCCCCAGCCGUAGAUAUUAAGGAAUUAGUCCCGAAAGACGUAUUCGAUGACUUCAAGCGAGCCAUUAUCAGCGAGGAAUUCCGAGAUCACACCAAGGGAACCAUUGUGGAUUUGUUGGCGAAGAAAUUCUCAACAUGUACAAAAGCACAAGUCAAAACUACGUUGGACAAGGUAGCUCAUCGUAUCAAUGUGCCGGGAGAGAAAAAGUCAGUUAAACAUUGGGCUCUGUUGCCUGCGUUCGCUCUGUAA